GUGACACAUUGUUUAUUUUAUUCACAUUAUUCAUCGUAAGGUAAUAAAGUGUUUCUGCAUCGAAUCGCAGCGGAUUGGGUGAAAAGAUGGCCGACAGUUCAGACGAAGAAUUUUCAAAAGAAUGGAUUCCCUACGCAAAGCGACCAGAAUGGAAAGAUGUUGUACCGCUCGAACAAGACGACGGUGAAAAUCCCGUCGUUGUUAUCGCAUACAGUGAAAGAUUUAAGGACGUUUACAACUACUUCCGUGCGAUCAUAUCGACUGGUGAAAAGUCACUACGUGCAUUGCAUCUCACCGAUGAUGCAUUGAAAUUAAAUGCUUCCAAUUACACAGUCUGGCAAUACAGGCGUGACAUUUUGCGUUCACUGGAUACCAAUUUGAAUGAAGAGCUCGAAUAUACCGAAGAAAUUAUUUGCCGAAAUCCAAAAAGUUACCAGGUUUGGCACCACAGAAGGGUCAUUGUAGAAUGGUUGAAUGAUGGCACAAAAGAACUCGAAUUGACCGAACAAGUACUUGGACUAGACGCUAAGAACUACCACGCAUGGCAACAUCGUCAAUGGGCCAUCAAAACAUACAAUCUUUUCGAUAACGAGCUGAUUUUCGUUGAUCGAUUAAUUGGAGCGGAUUUGCGGAACAAUUCUGCAUGGAAUCAGCGAUACUUUGUGUUGAACCACACCGGAUUCACACCAGAAGUAAUUCAAUACGAAUUGAACUAUGUCAUGAAUCGCAUUCGCUUAGUGAAAAAUAAUGAAAGCACAUGGAAUUAUCUACGUGGCCUUUUGCAACAUGGUACCGGGAAAUUGGAUCAAUACCCAGAGGUUGUCGAUUUCUGCGAGGAAUUGUAUGUGUCAGGCGUGCGAUCUCCGUUUCUGUUGGCAUUUCUAGUGGAUUUGUACCAGGAGAAGCGUCUUGAUUGGGACGAAAGCAAUAACGAAGACGAUCCAAAGCAAUUGGAAGAAAAAGUAAACGAGCUGUGUAAUCAACUGAUAUCAACGCAUGACACCAUCCGUGCCAAGUAUUGGGAAUACAUUCUGAAUAAAUUCAAGAUCAAGCUAUCGCGCAGCGGAACAACGUAUCAAGAAUCCAACACCGAUUCCAAUCAAUUUUAAAGAUUGAACCCAGUCAUAUAUUCUAACAUGUAAUCAGAAACACAAUAGUUGAAAAGAAAAUAAAUCUCCGUUUUUAUCACAAUGAACAAA